CCCUCAGAAAACCAAAAAGAAAGAAGAGAAAGGGGAAUUCGUGCAUACACGCUCUGGACAUCCUGACCAAUCGGAUUAACUUGCGAAUCAGAGUAAAUCCGGCUAGGUAAGGUUCCCGUGGCAUAUACGUGUGAGUUUCCUUCUUCCCUUUUCCGUCUAUCUUCCUUCCUUUUUUUUCCCCCUCUUUUUCCCCCUUUCCCUUUCUGUUUCUCGUGCGCUCUCGGUCCCUUUUAUAAUUUUAUUGUAGAACGUCCACUGUUCUGCUUGUUGACCGGGUGAAUUGCCUCUUCUUCUCUUUUUUUAAUCCAAAUAUGGCAAAUUUAGCACUCAAAGUGCUCAUUCCUUGCAUAGUUACGUCACCCCCUGAGUCUCAUUGGCCAUUUAUUCUUAAAAGAAAGCAUUUACCCUUUUCUCAUUGGCCAAACUUGAAGCUGUGUUGGCUUAUAUCUCCUUAAGCCAGUUUUUUGCCAUGGACAACUUUAUAUUGCAAUUUCCACGCUAACAACUAGAGAUAGAUUUGAGAUAAUUUUGUUAAAUGAAGAUGAGGGAAUGAUGCACAUCACAAAAAUUGUGUACAAAGAAAUUUCUCAAAAACUUCCUUUAAAUGAAGCCAUGAUAGCUAUUAUAAAUACUUUUUUACAAACUAUUCUUUUGGUACCUUACUAUUGAAACAUUUUUGACUCAGAAUAUUUUACACUCUAUUUAAAGAACGAUGAAUGAAAUUCGCGUGGAUCCCUUGCAUUCCACAGGAUACUGGAUUAGUACGUGUAUAAAUUAGUGACACGAACUUUCUAAGCUCCUUCACAAAAUAUGUUUUAAAGGAUGGACAAGAACAUUAUUAUUUCUUACGUAACAAGAUUUGACAAAAUAAACUAUGACAAUCGCAAGAUGUCAAGAGUGGUUGUGCAUCGAGUUUACAAGGAAGAUGAACUCAUUUGUUUUAUGUGUAAUAUAUUUGGUCAACAAUAUCACCCGGCAGAUCCAGUGGAAAUAAAUCCUGAUUUUUUUUUUUUUUUGCAAUGUCGACUGAUUAUAUGUUUUAUGUCUAUAAUAUGUCAUAAUAAUGAUUUCUUGUUAUUGUUAAUGCAUCUGUUUCUUGUUUCCAAGGUUUAUCUAUUAAAGAUAGAACAUAGAGAAGCAGAAGAAUGAUCUUCAAUUAAUACUAGUAUUUCCAUGGAUAUCGGAAAAUUUCCAUUGAAAUUGCAAUAUGAUCAAUCGACAUAUAACGCAUGUUUUCCAAAUACAAGUAGAAGUAUGGAUCUUCAAUGAUAUGCAAAAGUUAAGAGCUUUUCCAUGUAAUGUACGGCCCAUGUAGUACAGAGAAAAGACGUGUGCUCUUCACAUUUGGAUUUUUCAAUGCACAUUUGGUCAAAUUCGGAAGCUGCGAGGCAAUGAAACCUCUCUCGCGCUCUCUUUCCACGAAGCUUCACAGGAAGGCUUUGGAGUGUGAUGGCUCCACACUGUCGACAAUCCUACGACUUUUCCACCAUUUCAUUCGUUCACACCGACCAAAACCAGUCGUGAUGAGACCCGUAUAAUCCCAACUGGAGUUAUGAAAACGGUGUGGACAAGCAAAGUCUCUUUGGAUAUGCAGAAGGUAUUCCCAAACCAAUCACUACCAAUAGAGGAAAACCAUCAAGCUCAUACGAUCCAUUUGCACUUGAGAAGAAUCUACUUUUUCCCCUCUUAAAGAUGGUGUUCAAUCUCCGAACCUUCAGUUUUGCUGAGUCCGUUGAGGAUGAUCCCCCACCACCUCCUAAAAGCUUCUCCCUAAAAGAGCUCCGACGCGCGACAGACAACUUUAGCGGAGAAAACUUCUUGGGCGAAGGUGGACUUGGCAAGGUUUACCGGGGGCGCUUGGCCGAUGGUUCUCUAGUGGCAGUAAAAAGAGCUUGCACAGUCCGUCAAUGGAGCAAAGAGCAGUUCGAAGCAGAAGUGCAAGUGGGAAGCACGGUUUCGACACACCCAAAUGUGCUAUGCCUGAGGGGCUUUUGCAGGACCAAGAAAGAGCUCUUACUGGUGUAUCCCUUGAUGAUCAACAAUAGCCUAUCAUACAAUCUUACAGGGAGACCGGAUCGUUUGUCCCGACCUCUCGAUUGGACUACCCGCAAGCGAAUUGCCUUGGGAGCAGCAAGGGGGCUUGCACACCUUCACAAUCAAGGUAACAUCAAGAUCAUGCAUCGCGCUAUCAAUGCGUCAAAUAUACUGCUGAAUGUGCAUUUUGAGGCCGUGAUAGGAGAUUGUGCGAUAGCCGUGAUCAUGGAUGAGAAUAAUGCAGAGGAAGGGACCAUUGAGUGGUACCCGUGGCCGGCGGAUUCUGGCUCCGAUUCUCAAUCCUAUCAUCGCUAUGAAGAUGUUUAUGUCAAUAAUACCACCUUCUGUGGCACACCCGGGUUUUUGGCCCCUGAGUAUGUCGACUCAGGAAAGUGCACACUGAAGAAUGAUGUCUUUGCAUACGAAAGAAUGCUUCUCGAGCUCAUGUCGGGAACCAAAAUUUCAGAACUUAUUUCCUUGUCAUAUGAACAUCUCAGUUUGGAGGAUUGGAUCGGUGAUCUCAUGAACAAGAACGAGUUGGGAAGGGUGAUCGAUCCCAAUUUGCAGGGGAAUUACAGGGAAGAAGAAGCAGAGCGACUAGCCCUAUUGGCAUUGUUGUGCUCACACAAGAAUCCAUCCAUUCGACCAGAGAUGACUAAAGUGGUUCGAAUGCUCGAAAGCCAGGUUCUUCAGCGGGACCCUAGUACAAGGAGUAGUUGGAGUCAAAGUGACGGGGACUCAACUCCGUACUACUCUUUCCCUCCUUCUCCUUCUCCUUCUCCUCUGGGGAUUGCUCCAUGACUGGCAUGUCAAUGCUACAUCAUCACCAUUGCCUUUUACCUUCAACAAGAAAUUUAGCCUCUAUGUUUUUCUCUUCCUAUAUUCUAUAUGUUCUUCCUCUUCGCUUACAUUUGUAUAAUCUUUCUAUAAUACUUUCCUUCCGACUCUUUUUUAGACAUGUAACACGUCCUUCAUGCAAUAACUACUAUCUUCUACAUUUGUCA